AUCGCGAUAGGCCCCCUCGGGAGCGUAAGGCCCUGGCAGGCGUCGUGGGCCGGGUGCCAGACCCGCGCGCGGGAGGGGCGCCCCGCAGGAAGCAGGGCAUCAGGUUGGAAGUGCAAACGCUGUGGGAGCUCCUCUCGGCUUGAAGAAGUGGUGGUUUCGGUUUUGGAGGUUUUUCUACAUGAGUGGAGAAGGAGAGUGCAAGUAGAAGAGAUACAACAUUUUUUUAGGAUGUCUGAAGAUGAAGAAAAAGUGAAAUUACGCCGUCUUGAACCAGCUAUUCAGAAAUUUACUAAGAUAGUAAUCCCAACGGACCUGGAGAGGUUAAGAAAGCACCAGAUAAAUAUUGAGAAGUAUCAGAGGUGCAGAAUCUGGGACAAGUUGCAUGAAGAGCAUAUCAAUGCAGGACGUACAGUUCAGCAACUCCGCUCCAAUAUCCGAGAAAUGGAGAAACUUUGUUUGAAAGUCCAAAAGGAUGACCUUGGACUUCUGAAGAGAAUGAUAGAUCCUGUUAAAGAAGAAGCAUCAGCAGCAACAGCAGAAUUUCUUCAACUCCAUCUGGAAUCUGUAGAAGAACUUAAGAAACAAUUUAAUGAUGAAGAAACUUUAUUACAGCCUUCUUUGACCAGAUCCAUGACUGUUGGUGGAACAUUUCACACUACUGAAGAUGAAGCUGAUCCUCAGAGUAUGACUCAGAUAUAUGUGUUGCCUGAAAUUCCUCGAGAUCAAAAUGCUGCAGAAUCAUGGGAAACCUUAGAAGCGGACUUAAUUGAACUUAGCCAACUGGUCACUGAUUUCUCUCUCCUAGUGAAUUCUCAGCAGGAGAAGAUUGACAGCGUUGAAGACCAUGUCAACAGUGCUGCUGUGAACGUUGAAGAGGGAACCAAAAACUUGGGGAAGGCUGCAAAAUACAAGCUGGCAGCUCUGCCUGUGGCAGGUGCACUCAUCGGAGGAGUGGUGGGGGGUCCGAUUGGCCUCCUUGCAGGCUUCAAAGUGGCAGGAAUUGCAGCUGCACUUGGUGGUGGGGUGUUGGGCUUCACAGGUGGAAAAUUGUUACAAAGAAAGAAACAGAAAAUGAUGGAGAAGCUCACUUCCAGCUGUCCAAAUCUUCCUAGCCAAACUGACAAAAAAUGCAGUUAAAAACCAAACUUCAAUAUUACUGGCGCCAACAUGUCUGUCCUUUGCUGCUGUUGGACACUCAGUCAGCUUUUGGAACAUGAUUAUAUCAAAAUAGUGGCUAUAGAUGCUCAAGUGGGAUUGAACUGUGAUAAGUGGAUAUAUUUUAUUGUUUGCUGGGGUGUUAAUGGGGAUGUUAGAGAUUGAGGAGCCUGGACUGAGGAUGUACAGUGUUUGUCACGUAAAGUUUAAGGACUGCCAGGGAGCAGAUUUUUUACCUGGAAAUGUGAAAACCCAACCAUAACUUUGAUAAGGACUUGUGAUGUGUGAACAUGUUGUGUUAUGGAAGGAUAGUUUUCAGAAUAGUUUCUUCCAUAACCCUGACUUGGAGACUCCAAGGCUAAGCAUAUUGUAAAUAUGCUUCUUUAUCUCCUAAAUAUAGAUUUUUAAGGCAUUUUAGCAGAGAAAAGAAUGGAAGUUCAGCAGCUUUUCAUAUCAAAUAGGGAAAUCAGGAUCUAGCAAGGUGCAUGAGUAAACUGCAUAAUGGAGUCCAUUUGGUGAGCCCUAUUGCAAUUUGGUCUAACAAUAUUUUCAAGUGAAGGAAACAAAUAGUGUAAGAAAAUGGAAAGAGAGGCCCAACUUCUCUUUCAGAUAUCUUAAUUUAUGACCCUGGCUUCUUCUCUGAACUCUUUUUUUCUGCCUCUCUGUAAAUAAAGAACACAGAGUCUCAAGUGGUAGAAUUAUAAAGCCAGUCACUAAGCUUGCUCUGUCAGCCUGUCUCUUAACACCUCAAAUAUCUAGUCCUCUCUGCCUUCCCUCUCUUGUAAUUUUGAAAAGUUCUUUGACUUAUGGGGUGAAUUCUACCCAUGUGUAAUGCAGACUUCUCUCAUAAUGUUUUUUUUUUUUGUAACAUCUUUAUUAGAGUAUAAUUGCUUUACAGUGAUGUGUCAGUUUCUGCUUUAUAACAAAUGUUUGGUUUUUUUGUUGUUGUUUUUGGUGGGUUUUUUUUUUUUUUUUUUUUUUGGUAUUGGCUGCCAUCUUUGUUCAUCCUCUCCUGUAACCUCUAGGUAAAAAAGAAAGUGAGAGAAAGAGAGGUGUCGAUUUCCAAAUACUUCCAACACUGUUAGACUUUGAGCUAAAAAAUAAGCAAGGAGGGAACACCAGAUCAUUUCUUGGGGCAUCUUACAAUUUCAGGGGGCUCAUGUACUUGCCGUGCAAGGGAGUGUUUGACCCUAAGUCUCUUAAGCUGGCACUUGGAGGAGCUAAGAACUAGCUUUCUACCUCACUUCUGUUGCUACCAUCCUUUUCCCCAGGCUUUGCUAUCUCCUGUGAUUCCUUCACUUUGCACAGCUGCUGUUUCUUCCCAAGAAUGGCAUUCAUGCUUGCCUUUUCUCACAUUCAAGGUUGAUGAUGGACAAAGCCUGAUGCCAAGACUCAGUCCUGGUGGAGGAUUUGUGGUGCUAAUCUCAACACUUGACAUUGACAGCAAGCGUGGCUCAGCCCAACCCACUGUCUGUCUCAAAUAGCAGAAAAGUUUUAGAUUUAGAAAAAAAGAACUUAAGAUUAUAUAGGCAGCCUCAUCCUGUACCCUCAACUGAUUUGAAAUAGGAAGGAACCACCUUUUGCCUUAUUCUUUAUUUUCUGAGGACAGAGGAAAGGGCACCUACACCACAGAAGGUGUGAACUCUGCUCAGGAGCCAAAUGGAUUCAUCAAGUAGUUGAAUGGUUUAUCACUUCUCUCUUGCUGAGUUUACUCUUAAUAACUUUUAUUGAUUGCUCCCUUUUACUUCUAUAUCUAAUCUAAAGAGACCUUUCUCUUUCAUACUUUUUGCUUCUCACCAGUGAAUUCCAAUGAGGCAACACACCAUUUCUCAUUGUUCUUAAAUAACUGGAAAACAUCAAGUAUUGCUACCUGCUGACUCAUAUCUUUUUUUUUUUUUUUUUUCUUUUUGCGGUAUGCGGGCCUCUCACCGUUGUGGCCCCUCCCGUUGCGGAGCACAGGCUCCGGAUGCACAGGCCCAGCGGCCAUGGCUCACGGGCCCAGCCGCUCCGCGGCAUAUGGGAUCCUCCCAGACCGGGGCACGAACCCGUAUCCCCUGCAUCGGCAGGCGGACUCUCAACCACUGCGCCACCAGGGAGGCCCAUCAUAUCUUUAAUAUAAUACCAAGAAGGCAAGUACUUUGAAUAAGUGUCAGAUUCUGAUCAAGUAUUUGGUAUGUGAUAUUUAUCCCAACCUGUAAGGUUGGGAUAAAUACUUUUGGACUCCUUCUUUUUAUAUUUUCUGAUCCUUGCUGUCCCUUUAACACAGGGCGUUCAAACCAGAAUGAGGAUCAGAAUUGCCCAGGGCGCUAAUUUAAAACAAGAUUCCUAAACUUCAGUCCCAUGGGUUCUAAUAAUAGCCAAUCUGGCCUGGUCAGCUAAAAUUAUAAAUUUAAGAUACAGUUAUAUCAAGAUUCAGCUGUAUCGUUGAAUUCUGUAAUUUCUAGUAUUCUACCCUUCAGCCAACCUAAAAUUCCUAUUCUGCCAACCUAAAAUUGGCUAGCUCACCAUCUUAACAGCACUAGGGACUCAUUAUACUGUCAGGCUGGUUUUACCUCAAGACAUGAAGGAGAAAAGAGGCCUGUUAUUGACCCUCACAGUUUGUUUUGGGAGCUCUCCUUUUUACUGAGCCAGUGUGGGACAUCACUGUAUGUGCUCAUAUAGGCCUUUGAUUUUUACUACUCAUCAGGAUUUGAAUAUUACUCUAACAGACUUCAUGCUUAGGCAAGUUACAAUCCUUUUAAGAAGUUUUAUAAUUUAAAAUUAUUUAGAAAUUGUAUCUAAUUUCCCCAUAAUAGAACCUAAUAGCCAACUUUUUGUAGAAAUUCUAGAUGUGCUUAAUCAACUAUAAAUGAUAUACCUAUAAACUAUAAAGUGUUUAGAAGUAUAAAUUAGUCAGUAUAACACAGAAACCAAUCUUAAAAUUGAAUUUAAUGCCCUACAGUAUCAGAUUAAAUUUAUCUUCUCUAUGGUUCAUGUCUUGUUUUUAUUGCAACAAGUUAGAAGGUAAGGAACACUUUAAGUUCUUAAAAUUUACAGGGUCUCAUUUGGAUAAAGGCAGCACUCCUAAAGCCUUUUUAAUAUAAUAAUCUGAGAACUUCUCUGUAGAGCAGAGACUUUGAAACUUUUUGGUUGUAAUCCACAGUAAAAACUGCAUUUAUAUCAAAACUCAGCAUGUGCAUUAUGGAACAAUACUUGCCAUUAUGUGCAGUGUACUCUGAUGUUUUUUAUUGUUUCAGUUUUUAAAAUAUUCUAGUUGUAACCUACUAAAUUGAUUUCAUAAUCUACCAAAGGGUUUUUUGACCCUUAGUUUGAAAAAAAAAAAACAACACCCUUAUAGAGGAACUGAUAUUUAUGGAGUAUUUUCUUUUUGCUAGGCACUUCACUAGGCAUUUUACAGGUAAGGAAACUGGGUCUCAGAGAAGGUAAAUAAUUUGCAGAGGGUUAUUCAACUACAAAAGGGUGAAGCCAGGAUGUAAACUAGGUCUGUUGAACUACAAAAACUUCUGUUACUCUCAUACUGUGUUGCUUCUGUAUAUUAAAAUUGAGAUGGGCUAUUCACUCUGCUUCACCCAAACACCCAUAUAUUCUGUAAGGCAGGCCUGCUUUGAAAUUACACAUACCAUUCAUUUGCACUUUUCUUAAAAUCUUCUGUGUCCUCACCAAAUGGCCAGCAGCCUCGAAGUUUUUAAUGGUGGCCAAUGCAGAAGUAUGUAGUGCUGAAUUUGGUCCUUAGACUAUAAAAUUAAUAGUGUUUCCAUCCCACCCACACAUCCUACAGACUUCCUUAUAUUUGUGAGUCAUAGCCAUCACUUAAACAGUGCUUUUUAUAUUGAAUUUUAAAAUAAACUUUAAUAUUUUUUAAAACAAUCGUAACUCAUAGAAUCAAAUGAUUAUCCUUUAAAAUGGUACCCUUGGGAGGCCAUGCACUUACUGUAGUGAUGCUAGUAUUACUUAGAAUAUUUUUGAAACUCUUCUUUUGGAAUUGCCUUUAAAGACAUUUUACAAAUCACAUUAAAAAAGCCAUCUCAGUGUUUAUCAGUCACAGCCUAUGCUCCCUUGUCCUAUGCUCCCUUGUCCUUAUGACCUCUUCUCUCUUCCUUCCUCAGUUUUGCUUUUCUUCUGCUGGUUUAGCUCUCCUACCCACCUAAGCUGGAGCCAAUAACCUAAGAAGCCCCAGAAAAGGGGUGUGCUGGCCAGAGUUCCUGGAGCAAGAACUUUCAGGUUAUAAUGAAGCCGAGUGCUGUAUAGGGAGAGUUCUGCGAGUCCAAAAUCCUUCCUCUGUGGGUUGCCUGCCUGCCUGUAAGUGCCCUAAAGUAGUUUGCACAGGAGUAAGGACUGAAUACUGGCGUUCUCUAUCAAUCACAAGAAGCUGUACAUAAAAUGUACAACAUUUUUCUCCAGUGAAAGUCACAGAAGCCAAACCAAGCCAUUCUUUGUGUUAACUUAAAAAUGGAAAAGUCAUUUUCAGGGUCCCCCUUGCCCUUUGUUGCUGCCACAUGAAAUCUUUGGGAGGAAGGAUGAAGAAAAGCAUGGGGAAAUGGUUCUCCUGGGAAAUGGAACAUUUUCUUCUCAUAAUAAAGUAUAACAUGGCGGUGGCUAUCAGGUACUUAUGAACGCUAGAAACUCCUUUUAAGUAGUCAGAGGCCUAUUAAAAGGUAGGGAGGCUUCCCCCUAGCCUAAAUUAAUGUGAACAGUUCAGGUUCUGUUUGUGUUUUUAUUAACAUUUCAUGUUGUUUCUAACAAGAUGUUCUCAACUAUUUAUAUUCAUUAAUUUGACACCAUUUUACAGAGACACUUCUUGGGUAUUGUAAACUAUCAAUGGUAAAAGAUCCACAUAUAGUCCAUAUUACUGCCCUCAAAGAAAUUAUUUAUUGUGGGAGACAAGAAAAACGUCUAUGCAAUAUUAACAAAAGAAAUAAAUUCAUAUAAAAAUGUAAAAGGUGUCAAAGGCAAAUGAAUUGCCUAGUAUUAAAGCUAGUUAGCCAAAAAGCUAGAAUUAUAACCAUGGUUUAAGAAAAAAAAAAUCCACAAAGUAAUUUAACUGAGUUUGUUACACCAUAUCAGGUUGCCCGCUGAAGCUUGUGGUCUUUCAGACCAGCUUUAACAUUCCAAAUCAGUCAACAGCUAUAGUGGAAAGAGAACUGGAUGGGGAAUCAGGAGAUCAGAGUUUUGCUUGUGGCUUUGUCUCUUAUAGUAAGCUUUUACUCAGGCGUGGCUGCUUUCGCCCAUUCUAGCCAAGGAUUCUCCAUUCUUUAUAUCUAGCCUCUUACUGGGUCUUGUUAAUUGUUUGAAUAUUAGUUGCGUUCAUUUCUUAAAUAUAUUCAUAACCAUCACUCUAGUAAAAGACUUUAUUACUUCACAUCCCCUACCUCAUCUUCCCCAACUUUAGGCCAUUCCUCACAUCAUUGCCACAAGAACUGUCUUUCAUUUUUCUGCUGAAAUAUUUUCAGCAGAUCCUGUUGAAUACCUGAUAAAGUUCAGCCUUCCACAUACUGGCCCCAGCUUUGUCUCUUCAGACUCACUACUCAACCAUCUGACAAUGCCACUGAAAAUCAGACAUUCCACAAGAAUGAUUUUAAGCUUUUUCUAUGGUGAAGGUACAAACUGGUAGUAAACUAUGUUUACGUUUUUUCCAGACUAAAGCAAUUUUUGUAGUACUACAUUUUACAAAACUAGUCAACUGAGUUUUGUUUAAGCUCUUGAACAAGUCUAGAAGUUGUUUCCUAAGGAGAAGAAAUCUUUUGUCCCCUCAGAGGAAAUUACAUUCAAUUUCUUAACCUCCAAAACAAUGUCAGUCUUGUCACCUGUACAUUGGAUAGCCAAAGCAUGAAGAUUUUAAUUUAGCAGCAUAGAUACUCCAGACUUGAAUGGACCAUUGUCCAGCUCCUGUGAGAAACUUGACUAAUAAAUAUUUGAGGCAAUUACUCGAGUACAUACAUGUUAUCCAUACAUUUCUCAAGUACUUGAGAUUGUCUUUUAUUAAGGUUAAUCACUAAAAAAGAUGUUUACCAAGGUUACUUUAAUUAACCCCCUAAAGAUGUUUCCACUUUAUUGUUAAAACCCUUGGUGUUAGCAAGGUUCAGCACAAAAAAUGGCCCAAUGUUGAGAAUUUCUACAAAUUCUGUAAAGCUUACUGAAUUCGCUUAUUAUGUUGCUGAGUGGUGCUUAUAUAAGGAAAUAUGCAAUAAAUUCAUUCAACAAACAUUUAACUGAAUGCCUGUUGUGUGUUGAGUGUCAGUGCCAUACGUAGAAAAAUAUUAGGCCUGUAGGAUCUACCCAUGUAAACCAUUCAGGCUAAUGAAUUCAGAUACUCAAAGCAAGUAAAUCACAGUAAAACAUGGUUAAGUACCCUAAAAGAGGAGAGCAAAGUAAUAUGAGGACACAGAGAAUGGAGUGACUCUUUCUGCCUGGAAACGAAGGGGAAGGCUUUGUGGAACAGGUGGUAUUUGAACAGUACUCUAUAAAGAAGAAUCUGCCUGACUGAAGACCAGGUUUGUGAGCUUUCAAGUGGAAGAGGAAUUGGUCGUACAAAGGGUUCAAAACAUGAACAAAUAUUCAUGUUUUAGUGCGCUUAGAGAAAACAGGAAUUGAAUGUGAGUGAUGAAGCUGGUGAGAUGAAAAUACAGGCUAUGGUAGUUUUCAUACGUGUAUGUGUAUAUGUAUUAUGUAUAUAUUUUUGUAUAUACUUAAUAAUUCUUUGUUUAAAGGGAUUAAUGUAUUGCUUUGUGUCAAGUGAGUCUGUUAUAAGCCUCCGAGUUCUUCGUUUUGCCUUCGUUGGCAGAGAAGUUAGUAAUAAACCUCACAU